CAUCGACAAGUUCACACAGUUGGCUCACCACCGGCCCGGCUUGCUGCUGCUGCUGCUGCUGCUGUGUGCUGGGUCUCCCUGUUCUUCGUUCCCACAGUGUCUCCGCGGCCAGUGGUGUCUUUGUAGUUGCCUCUCCUUGAGUUGUCUCUAUCCCGGCGCACAAGGACGCCAGCUGGGCCUGUAGUCGGUGGUGGUGGUGCUGCUGGUUUGUGGUAGUUGCCAUCGAAAUAAGGACGCUGUAGUUAUGGCGAAAUUUGUGACACCGCGCUCAUGGAUUAUUUCUGUUGUUGAGUAUGGAGAUUAUACCAAACGAGUAGGGAGUCAUGUCCAUGAAGCUGGUCUCCAGCGGUAGCUACAAUGUGCGCGCGUCCGAAAUGGCGCACUUACAAGACCGCACUCCCAAGACCGUGAAUUGUGCCGUCCACUUUCUGGAUGACACAGUGGAGACCUUCGAAGUGGACAAGCGAGGGAAAGCCCAGCAACUCCUUGAUAAAGUCUUUGAGCACCUGGAGCUGGUGGAGAAGGACUACUUUGGCCUUCAGUACAUGGACCUAGCUCCUGGAGAUGACACGCUGCGAUGGCUUGAUCCACUCAAAACAAUCAAGAAACAGUGCAGGGGUCCUGCAUAUGAGUUCUUCUUCAGGGUCAAGUUUUAUGUCUCUGAUCCAAGCAAACUCGCUGAAGAGUACACAAGGUACCAUUUUUUCCUACAAGUGAAAAGGGACAUCCUGUCAGGGAAAUUAGUAUGCACGGAGGCCAAUGCUGCCAUGCUUGCCAGUUAUGCUGUUCAAUCUGAACUAGGUGAUUUCAACCCAGAUGAACACAAAGAAGGUUACCUGAGUGGGUUUCUGUUUGUUCCAAAUCAAAACAAGGAUUUUGAAAAACAAGUCGCAGAGAAACACAAGCAACACAGGGGACAGACACCUGCUGAUGCGGAGUACAAUUUUUUAGAAAGGGCCAAGCGGUUAGAAAUGUAUGGAGUAGAUUUGCACAAUGCAAGGGACCAAAGUAACAUUGACAUUCAACUCGGGGUCACAUCUGCUGGACUCGUGGUAUUCCAGAAUAACCUCAAGAUUAACACAUUUUCAUGGGCCAAAAUUGUAAAAAUUUCUUUCAAGAGGAAACAGUUCUUUAUUCAGUUACGGCGAGAGGUAGCUGAUAGCGUAGAGGAUAGUGAUGGCAAAGGAGAAAAGGCCCAAAACGAACCUGUGGAGAACCUGAUAGGGUUCAACAUGGUGAGCUAUCGCUCUUGUAAGAACCUGUGGAAGUCCUGUGUGGAGCACCACACGUUCUUCCGACUGCAUCAUCCGCACCCGCCCUCCAAGAAGAUAUUUUCCAUGGGAUCAAAGUUUAGGUAUAGUGGUAGAACAGAAUUUCAAUCUUUAGAAGAAAGUAGGAGAAGGGCCAAAAUAGAGAGGUCAUUUUCAAG